CCUCGCGACUCGCUGAAAUUGCCGACUUCAGAUCGAUAGCCGACAGCCGUCGUCAACCAGCUCGAAGAAAGGACGCAUCGGCCUAGUCCCUUGAGAUGAGUCGCGAUCUGCGAGUAUGUGUCAUCGGCUCUGGCAUCUCGGCCAUCUGUCUGGCCAUGGAGCUCAGAGCGAUGAAGUUUGACACCUUUACAAUGUACGAACGAGAGACAAGGCCUGUCGGUACCUGGAUGACCAACACUUAUCUCGCGUGCGAAUGCGAUGUCAAGUCUCACUACUACAGUCACUCCAAGGAACUUAGCCCUGACUGGAGUCGUACCUAUGCCGGCCAAGAGGAGAUUCUCGAAUACUGGAUGAGGAUCUGGAACAAAUAUCACUUGCAAGACAAUACCCGGUUCGAUAGCAACUUCGUCAGGGCGACUUGGGACAGCGACCGCUCGCUGUAUGUUGUCGAUUUUGAGCAGACAUCAAACAGGGAUGUGAAGUGGUCCAUCGAAUGUGAAGUGCUCGUCAGUGCACUCGGCUCCUUCUCGCAGCCGAUCGAUAAGCCCGUAGGCAUGAAAGGACUUGACAGCUUCAACGGCCCUGUCUUUCACUCAGCCAAGUGGCGCCACGAUGUCGACCUCUCGAACAAGCGCGUUGGCGUCAUCGGUAACGGCGCUUCAGCUUCUCAGUUCAUCCCUGCAUUGGCCAAAGAUCCCACGACGCAUGUGAUCAACUUCUCACGGACACCUUCUUGGUACUACCCUCGCGACCAAGGCAAUUACUCUUCGCUCACAAAGGCAGCUUUCCGUUAUGUGCCUGGCUUGAUGCGAGCCCAUCGGAUCUACAUUGCAGCCAGGGCCGACAUGCGCUGGCCUGCCUGGGUUCUGUCGAGCAACAUGGUCCGUCACAUCGCCGAAGAGACGGCGAUCAAUUUCAUCACUUCCACCGCACCUGCAAAAUAUCACAAUUUCCUCAUUCCCACUUAUCCUAUGGGUUGCAAGCGGGUCAUUCUGUCAGACCCCGUCGGAGGUUAUCUCGACUGUCUCAAUCAGAGCAACGUAGAACUCAUCACCGACAAGAUUGACACCAUCAAUGAGACUGGCAUCCGUGGCGCGUCUGGCGAGCAAUACGACUUUGAUGUCCUCAUUCUCGGCACAGGCUUCGAUGUUACCGAGCGAGGACUGGGCAUAGAAGUCAAGGGUAGCAAAGGGACGACACUGACGCAGCAAUGGAAGAAGCAGGGCGGACCUCAGGCAUAUCUAGGCACUACCGUGAGCAACACGCCAAACUUUAUGAUGAUGCUCGGGCCCAACGUUGCCACUGGUAUUGCGUCUGUCGUUUUCUCGAGCGAGACACAAGCAAGCUACAUCGCACAGAUGAUCAAGAAGAUGCGCCAGUAUGACAUCAAGAGCUUCGAACUGAAGACGGACUCGGAAGAGCGAUACAACCAGUGGCUGCACAAGUCACUCAAGAACACAGUGUGGACCGGCGGCUGCUCAUCUUGGUAUCGACUCGAGAACGGCAAGGUUGUCGUCACUUGGCCAGGCACGUUGACGGGCUUCUGGCUCCGCGCAAGAGUUCCCACUUGGUCUCACUACACACAGCUGGGUGGAACAGCUCGUAUCGCAUUCGUAGAGUGGCGCAAGACUGUUCUUCGCCGACUUGCCUUCCUCGUCACCUUUGUGCUUGCUGUCCGGUACUAUCGCAAGAACGGCCCUUGGAAGCGCAUCCAGGGCAAACUCCUCAUGUCUGCGCUUAUGAAGUACUCACAAGUGGCUGGCUACAUCAACGGAGAAUCGACUCAAGCCUCGAGUCUCGCACAGCAGCAAGAUAAUGCGAAAAGUGAGGCCAUGAUUCGCUUCGUUCUCAUCCAGAACCGACAGGGCAAGACGAGGCUAUCAAAGUGGUAUACGGGCUACGACGAUGAUGACAAAGUGCGAAUACGAGGGGAAGUCCACAGGCUGAUUGCGCCUCGAGACCAAAAGUAUCAGUCCAACUUUGUCGAGUUUCGCAAUCACAAGAUCGUCUACCGACGAUAUGCCGGCCUGUUCUUCUGCAUCGGCGUCGACGCAAACGACAACGAGCUCGCGUAUCUUGAGGCCAUCCAUCUCUUUGUAGAGGUCUUGGAUGCUUUCUUUGGCAAUGUCUGCGAACUCGACCUUGUCUUCAAUUUCUACAAAGUCUAUGCGAUACUUGACGAAGUCUUCCUAGCGGGCGAGAUUGAAGAAACGAGCAAGACCGUCAUAUUACGGCGGCUUGAUUAUCUCGAAAAGCUGGACUGAAUGAUGUUGUGCAAUUCGAAG